AAUUUCCGUGGGAAAGAAAAUCGAAAUAAGCCUAGAGUUGUAGGUACAAAACCAGUAGGUAUAGGUACUGAAAGUGUGUAGAUAAAAUAGGAUUAUGUAAUUAUACGAGUCAUUUAGAGCAUGACAAUGUUAAUGUUCCUGCUGAGCUUCGCCGUUGCAUCAGCUUCAGACAUGGAGCCUUUUAUAGUGGGAGGAACAAGGGCUCCUAUAAGUGAUUGGCCCUUUAUCACCUUUAUAGAGAUAUCAGAGUUUUCAUAUUUCGCGGCGGCGUGCGGAGGGUCCCUCAUCAGCUCGCAGACUGUGCUGACCGCUGCUCAUUGUCUGGACGAUUUCACAGAGAAAAAGACAUUGGACGCAAUCACAUUUAAGAUAUACAUGGGACACGCGAGUCACGCUAGAGCGAGGAUGAUUCGAGAAGUGAUAGACUAUGAAACACCCGAACAAUACUCGCCAGAUGAUUUUGACGUGACCGCUGACAUCGGUAUCAUGUUCUUGAAGAGACCUGUGGAUUUCGUGGCCAACGUUCAGAAGGCGAUAUUGCAACGCAGCUUUAGUUUUAACAAGGACAGGACUUUGGUGGUGGCUGGGUGGGGCAAUACGGAACCAGGUGAAAAAAGUAGUUCCAGCUGGUGGUUAAAAGCGGUCGCAAUGAAGACGAAACCAUACCAGAAAUGUAGGGAGUUGUAUAGAGUCAUCUGCGCUAAGAAUAAUAAGGAAUACCCAUACAGUGGAGACUCCGGCGGUCCCGUUGUAAACGCUGUCACCCGUCAGCAAGUCGGGAUAGUGUCUGUGAGAGACAUGGACACAGGGAUCACAAUCUUGACCAGCGUACCAGAAUACUGGGAAUGGAUAAGAAGAACGCAGCUAAAACUGUUCCAGAAAUUUUGUGGAAAGGCGAAGUAAAGUUCAAUGUGAAUUCAGAUUGUCAGUUAUGUUUCCUGGGUUGGAUAUUUUUCCUCGGUCGAGUACGUAGGAUCAUACGGCAG